AUGGGGAAUUCCAAAACAAACGGUUUUUUUACUCCUGAGAAAUACUUGUACGGGAUAAUCCAGGGCCUACCACCCACGCUUCGAGGAUUGGCUUUUAUUUUUUUUUUUUUGGUGGCGUUUUAUUUCUUUCCCGCUUUCUGGGACUUGUGCGGAGUUUUGAGAGGGGCGCGCGGCAAAGGAUUCCCAAAACGGAAAUCAGACGCCAAUAGCCAGCACUCAAAGCAGUUCUGGACCCAUUCCGAUUUUCCCAUUUGGUUCUUGCGCGUGCUGAUUCCGACACGCGCGUCUAUAAAUAGCAUGAAGUAUCCGCACACCGCAGCGUUAGUGAGGUGA